AUGCCAGCUGGGCCGGAAUUGAGCAGGCAGCGGAAGACAGAAGGAGACGCAUUGCUCUUGGUUGUCUUGGACUGCAAGGUCACAGGCAGCGGAAGAGAGGAGGAGACGCAUCAGCUCUUGGUUGUCUUGGACUGCAAGGUCACAGGCAGCGGAAGAGAGGAGGAGACGCAUCAGCUCUUGGUUGUCUUGGACUGUAAGGUCACAGGCAGUGGAAGAGAGGAGGAGACGCAUCAGCUCUUGGUUGUCUUGGACUGUAAGGUCACAGGCAGCGGAAGAGAGGAGGAGACGCAUUGCUCUUGGUUGUCUUGGACUGUAAGGUCACAGGCAGUGGAAGAGAGGAGGAGACGCAUCAGCUCUUGGUUGUCUUGGACUGUAAGGUCACAGGCAGCGGAAGAGAGGAGGAGACGCAUUGCUCUUGGUUGUCUUGGACUGUAA